GGGAUAUUCUUGUAGAUUAAAGGGCGUUGAAUAUCUCUAUCUUUUGAUAACGAACCCUUUUUGACCUUCAUUAAUCUAAACCACUAUCAUCACACAAUAUCGUCAUCAUGACUCGAACAUAUAGAAUUGCUGUUCUAGAGUGUGAUACGCCUUUUCCUUCUGUCAAUGAAAAGCGCGGUUCUUAUGGAGAUAUCUUUCGUGAUCUUCUUACCAAGGGUCUCAAGAAUGAAGCACUUGGUGACAAGGGCAAGGAUGUGAGCCUGGAUCUUAGCAAAUGGGAUGUUGUCACAGCACAAGAGUACCCAAACAUUGAAGAUGUUGAUGGUUUCUUGUUAACCGGAAGCAAACACACAUCCUUCGCUGAUGACCCUUGGAUUUUGAAGCUUGUUGAGUUUGUCAAGAAGAUUUAUACGACGACGGAGAAGCCCAUUGUUGGCAUCUGCUUUGGCCAUCAGAUCAUUGGACGAGCACUUGGUGCAAAGGUUGCGGUGAGCCCGGGUGGUUGGGAGGUUUGUGUUGAUAGAAUCAACCUCAACGAGACUGGCCAGAAGCUAUUGGGUGUUUCAUCUCUCGGCCUUCAUCAAAUGCACCGAGACGCAGUCCUGGAAGUUCCCGAAGGUCUGGUCAGUCUCGGCAGCAGCUCAAGGUGCGAGGUUCAAGGACUCUACAAGCCUGGGCGUAUCAUCUCGUUCCAGGCUCAUCCGGAGUUUGAUGACUUUAUCAUGCAAGAAAUUAUGGAGGCCAGAUAUGCCCAGCAGAUCUUCUCAAAGGAGAUGUAUGAGGAAGGUAUAACGAGAGCAAGGGCGCAUCAUGAUGGACUUCUUGUGGCUGCGAAGAUUUGGGAGUUCCUUCUUUGAACAAUUAGACAAUAGAAACGUGUUUUUUUGACCAGAUCCAAUGCAGUGUCCUUCAUAUGAGUGAUGAAAAUGGUUUGAGGGUGGCCUCGUUGAUGUGCUCAAUUUCGGCGGCCAACGUAACUGGGUGCUCAAUUUGAGCAAAGGAAUUGGUGGAGACAGUCAUAUAUACGGCAUCUGUAUUGCAUGUGCCUCGAGGACUCUUAGUUUUAUAUAUCGAGGCGGGUAUCUAAGAUUAAUGAUGUCCUUUCAUGCAAAAGAUAUCCAGAUCUGACGCUCACGCAUCGCCCUACAUAGCAUCCAAGGACUGACUUGAUCCGGCGGCUGCUCCCAAAUAUGCUCCAAUAGCACCAGUGUUUGUCUCAUAUUCCCCAGCCCAAUUGUGUCUAGCAUAGUCUGCAACCGCGUCCUCAAGACCUGCUGGACUGAAGGAUCUGACGUGCUACACCCGAUAACAGCGAGUGGCCAGCAAAGACUCGUAUUUAUCCUGACCGAAGCGGGAAAUUGGUCAAGUAAUGCAACUGCUUCAGCGACGGCCGAUUCUACUAAUGCUCGUUGGAAGCUGCCUUCAGGUUGCUGAUGGGGUUUCCCGAGGACUGUCCAGAGAUACAGGAGGGCAGCUUGUUUCCAUACCAGCCCCGCAAGACGUGUAUAUGGCGUGACAGAAGGAUCUGGGAAGAAGCCCAUUACUUGAGAUUGAAGGAAAGCGAAAUUGACAAUGUUGUCGGGGCUUGGUGAGAUCUCUCCAUCGACAGUCGGUGAAGACAUUACUUGUCCUAGGUGAAAGAUCUGGGAUAUCAGGAUGAGGAUUUCGAGCCAGCAGCCACAUAGUUGGCCGACAUACUUCCUUGCGACCAAGUUUCUGGCCCGGACUUCAAUAUCGGGGCUGAGUAAUGACUGUGAGUUAUACUGGGGAUCAAUCGAGAUCAUACUGGUGGCUGCGAUAUGCAUGUAGUACUCGAUUAGAAAGUCUGGUAAGUCGUCGUACACCAUGUUCUGCGUCCCUGUGAGUAAUGUGCUCACUAAUGACUUGGACGCUGUUAGAUGGUCAAAUAUUGUGCCGUGAAUGUCUCCUUUGGCAACCUGCAGCAUGUUAGUCAACAAUCGUGUCAUGGAAUCAAUGGUACGGACCUCAGUCAAACACAUGAUAAGACUGCCGACUGUCAAGACAAGGGUGUUCUCGGCAUUUCCGGAUACAUACUCAUCGACGACAUUCCUAAACAUCCGCAGCGAGUCGGUGUAAUACCUCUGAGCGAUCUCAUCGCUUGGAUGUCGCUCUGCUGAUGCCUGACGAUGCGCAGCACUCUGGGCGAGGAUGAGUUGUAGCACAAGUGGUUUUGAGAAGGCCAAUGGUAUAAGCUUGGCGAUGAAGGGAUUCACGUCUGUGGAACCGUUGCCCAUGCUAUUGGCCGUUCGUGACAGGUAGUAACUGAGAAGCUCAUAUGACUGAUGUCCCUGCUCAGGUAGCAUCGACAUUGGCAUAGUAAUGGCUCCAUUGAAUGAGAGUCCUGUGUCUGGGGACGGCGGCAGAGCGAGAGUGAGAGCAUUGGCGGUAUCUGCAUCCCAUGUUGUGAUAACAGUCGGUGAGUCUGAUGAGUUGGAUGACUGUGAAGGAGAUGGCUGAUCAACAUCAUCAACGGCUUCGAUGAUAUCCACAUCAGCUUCAGCAUCGACCAUGUGGGUGUCCCCUUGCCCAUGCACCGGAGAACUGUCGCCAUUCUGGGGUACAUCGGGAUUCUCAGCAGCUCGGUCCUCCUCCGGCACCGGGUCCGGUAUCACCGGGUCAUUCACCGAGUCUGCAUCGUGACCUUGUCUCAGCGAAGCAACGCUCUGUUGUGAGCUUGUAGAUGCAGCACCAAAUGAAGACCGUGAUGGUCCCUUGGCAGGCUGUGGUUCAGGCCAGACACAGUCGAGCUUGUUGCGUUUGCAACCGCUGCAGAUUGGUUUACUACAUCAUCACGUAAGUCAAGUCAAGAUGACUGUUUGGAGAGUGGUUGGCAGUACCUCUCGUCGCACUUCUUUUUGCGCUUCCUACAGGUAAAACAGCCCGUCCUACUGCGGAUUAUAGGCACGGGACGCAUUGAGGGGUUUGGGUUUGUUGGUGACGGUGACAUAUUGAGCCCUCUUUUUUUGCCACCGAAAGACUCGGUGACAAAGCAAGCGGAUUGCUUGGCUUUGAGUGGUAAAGUACAGCGCGGUUAGAGGUGAACACAGGCACAAUCAGGUGCAAUGCAAAUCGGAUGGAGGCUCCGGAAUAAGCGAGACGAACCGUAAAGCAACGUCCGUGGCCUUGG